AUGUCCACAUCCCCUUCUUCACCAUCUUCACUGGCCUCCUUCUGUCGACUCUCUGUGACAUCAAUCAAAACCCAGAACGAUGUCGCUCUAUUCAUCUUCGGCGACGCCCUGAAUGAUGCGGGGACCAACAACUACAUAAACACCACCGCAUUUUUCAGAGCAAAUUUCUCUCCAUAUGGCGAGACUUUCUUUCUCUAUCCCACUGGCAGAAUCACUGAUGGUCGUAUUAUGGCUGAUUUCAUUGCUGAAUAUGCAAAGCUGCCACUGAUCCCACCUUAUCUCCAGCUGAAGAAUGACGAAUUUGUGGGAGGGGCAAAUUUCGCGUCCAUUGGAGCUGGUGCUUUACCUGAAACUUUCGCAGGAUUCGUGGUGGAUUUCAAGACUCAGCUGAAGCAGUUUGAGAGUCUGGUGAAGAACCUGAGGGAUAACCUGGGGGAUAAGAAGGCGGAGAGAAUAGUUUUGGACGGCGUUUACUUCAUCAGCAUCGGACUCAAUGAUUACGUCGCCGUUCUCAACAAUCCAGCCCUGUUUCAGUCCGUUUCCAUGGAAGAUUACGUGAGGAUGGUGGUUGGUAACAUUAGCACUGUGCUUGAGGAUGGGGAGACCGCAUGUUGUGGGUCGGUUCCGUAUGGGGGCAAUUAUAGCUGUGGAGGCAUGAGGGGGGUGAGAGAGUAUGCAUCGUGCCCUAAUCCCGCGGAGUAUGUGUUCUUCGACUCUAAUCAUCUGAGCGAGAGGGCUUACCAUCAAUUUGCCCAAUUGAUAUGGAAUGGAAGUUCACCCACUACCAAGCCUUAUAACCUGGAAGCAUUGUUCAAACAUGGGAACGUUUGA